UACAUUGAUAACAAUGUAUUAAUUACAUUAUCUGUGAUUGAAUAUAGCUUAGUAGUCCACUAUUGUAACAACACUCAACAUGAAAGUAGCUCUUGCUUUGAUUUUCAUUUUCGCUGCUGUGCAGAGCCGCAGUGUGCAACCGUUAGAGGAGGGCACCAGUGCUCCGUGGCUGGUCCAUCUCCGCUUCGCUCGCUCCACCGGCGGCGGGCUGCUGGAGUCAUGUGUCGGAGUGCUCAUCAAUCAGAGCUGGGUCGCCACCACCGGUAGCUGCGGUCGCGAUGUGACCUUCGUUUGGAUCCGCUACAACGCUCAGCGGGUGAUCCAACCCGAGCUGAUCUCCGAGACGUCCCAGGUGCGAGUCCACCCGGCAUACAACCCACAGACUGGAGAGAACGACAUCGCUCUCAUAAGCCUCAACAGAGUCAUCCCUCUCUCAGACACUAUUGCAGUAGCUUCUCUAGCAGACGAAGCCGCAGAUGUACCCGAGACAUCGACCCUGUGCGGUUAUGGUGAAAACGCUGACGGAGGUCCUGGUGAUGAGUUGAGCUGCUUCGCCGUGUCGUUGGAAGCUGACGGUGAUAUCAUCGUAGCCAGCAGCGAAGAUGGUGCAGCAACUGGGUAUGAUCUGGGAUCUCCACUGGUGGACAAUGACGCACUUCUGGGCAUCCUGGUACGCGCUGGUGACAACGACAAUGCUGGAGUUUUCCUGAAGACAGCGCAGUUCGCUGAAUGGAUCGAGGAGGUAACGGCUGCCGAGCCCGCCAUUGACUUCCACGAAGUGCAAGUUGCUGAAUUUUAAAUCAUUUUAAAUAAAUAUAUUUAGAAUUA